ACGGACUUCUCUGUUUCCAUGGGAACAGUCUCAGUUUCUUCUUGGCUAACAUUAGCUCCGCUAGCUUACUUCGCUGAAAACCAUUAAGCUUGAUACAUUUUUAUUUCUAGACUAAUCCAUAUAGCAGACAAUACUUCGAUAGAACAAUCUAGUGUCAAACAAGAUAGCUGUUUUUAUCUAAUACGGGGUCUGCUAGAUCGUGGAGAGCAGGAGCGAGUUGAGCUAGCUAUCUUUUUAGAGCGGACAUACUGUGACAAAAUGAGUGAACAGCUGAAGUUUAUCGUUGACCAACUAAACAGGGAGCCAUUCAAGAAAAACCUAAAUCUCAUCACAUUUGAUUCCCUCGAGCCAAUGCAACUUCUGCAGAUUUUAAAUGAUGUUUUGGCUGAAAUAGACCCAAAGCACGCUAUAGACAUCCGUGAAGAAAUGCCUGAACAGACAACCAAAAGGAUGUGUGCUCUUCUGGGUAUGCUAAAGUACAAGCCGCCGGGAAACCUCUCUGAUGUGAGCAGAUUCAGACAGGGCUUGGUUACAGGCAGUAAACAAGUGGUUCAUCCCAUCCUCUUUUGGCUACUGCAAAAGGUCCCUGAGCUUAAGAAACGUGCCUAUUUGGCCCGCUUUCUUGUUAAAUUGGAGAUACCAACUGAAUUCUUGCAGGACGAUAUCAUCAAUGAUACUUACCACCAGUAUGAAGAACUGGUAGAAGGUUUUAAGACCUAUCACAAGGAGUGCGAGCAGCUAAGGACAUCUGGGUUUUCCACAGCCGAAAUAAGAAGGGACAUCAGUGCAAUGGAGGAAGAGAAAGACCAGCUGAUCAAGCGCGUGGAGAGGCUGAAGAAGCGGGUGGAGUCAGUGUCCAACCAUCAGAGGAUGCUGGAGCAGGCCAGGCAGCUGCGAGUGGAGAAGGAAAGGGAGGAGGCACUGGCUCAUCAGAAACAAGAGCAGAAGAACCAGCUCUUCCAGGCUGAACAGAGACUGCAGAGGUCCCAGCAGCAGUUGAAGGAUUUGCGACAGGCUUCAGCAGAUGCCAGUCCAGAGAGCCUAAUGAAGAGACUUGAAGAAGAGAUCAAGAUAAACUCCUACAUGGUUUUUGAAAAAUUACCUAAGGAGCUCGACAGCAUGCGGAAAACGGUGCAGUUUCUUCAGAAAGUGGUGUCUGAACCUGCCAUGAGCCAAGCAGAUAUUCAAGAGCUAGAGGACAAGAUUAAAGAUAUCGAUUCACAAAUAAGCCAGUUAAUAGAGAAGAGGAUGAUGAGAAAUGACCCAAUGGAUGACAAAUUGACUCUAUAUAGGCAACAGGCCUCCAUAAUCAUCCGAAAAAAGGAGGCCAAAGCUGAGGAGCUGCAGGAGGCGAGGGAGGAGCUUUCCAAUGCAGAGAAAGAGCUUAAUCAGAGGGGCAAGCAUGGAACAGAUGGAGACAGCAUCGUUAAAAGUGAAGAGAUGCAAAGGCUGGUGACGAGGCUGCGCAGCAAAGGAACCCAAUACAAGAUGCGGCAGAAGGAGUUGGCAAAGCUGCAGGCAGAGUAUGGAGUACUGCAGCGGACAGAGGACAUUCUCACACAAAGCCAUGAGACUGUCCAGAAGAGACUGGAAAUUGUAGAAGCUGAACGGGGAAUUGCUGGCUACAGCAACACACAAGAAGAACUAGAGCGAGUAUCUGCCAUUAAAAGUGAACUGGAUGAGAAGAAAGGCAGAACACUGGACAGCAUGUCAGAAAUGGUGAAGAAAUUAAACAGCACGAUCGCUCAAAAGAAGGAGGCUUUGUCUCCACUUAUAAAAGAACUGAGAUCACUGAGAGAGCAAUGCCACAAGGUAAGGCAGGAGUACGAGGACAAAAAAGCCCAGUAUGAACGCACUGCUGCUGGUCUUGAGAGCAACUGUUCAAAGUUGGAACAGGAUGUUAAAUUGCUGAAAGAGGAGACGGCACAAGAUGAGAACCAAUAUCAUUAUCUCAACAGCCAGUCCCAGAUCAUUGAGAUGCAAAUUCAGCGGGCGACCGAUGAGGUGAAGGCCUAUGUGUCCUCAGACCCACAGGAGAGGAAGAAGACGGUCAGGGAAAUGUACUUGAAAAACAUCACAGAGCAGGAGCUACUUGGAAAGAAAUUGCGUGAAAAGCAGAAGAUGGUACGAGAAAACCACAGCCACAACAUGGAGCAGAUGAAGAUGUGGAAGGACCUGGAGUUAUUGAUAGCGUGUAAAAAACAGUGCUUCAUUAAGGCUCAAAACCAGGCAUCUAUUGGGAAAGUCAUUCAAGAAGGAGGAGAGGACAGGCUUGUGUUGUAGGUUUAGGAAGUUCAUUCACACUACAUUCAAUUAUGGCCACUUCAAUAUUUAUCUGUGAUGAUAGUAAUACUUUUCAUAUACAUUUUGCAGUUUUAUUUUAAUAGAUACUUUUUAAUAUGCAAUGAGAUCAGAAAAAACAAAGCUAUUUAAACCUUUUGACCUUUAGGAGAUGCUAUUACAUAAUAUUAUUUACUGAUCACAGUUAUAACUUGUAUAAACAUAUUGGGCUAAGUUAACCCAUAUUUUGUCUCUUUGUCAAUGCUUCCACUUCUUCAGAUUGGCAUAGUUGGUUAAGUUUCUUGGAGGUGCUGCUAAACUGUUUUUUCAGUAACCCACGGGACAUGUGGUUUUGACACAUCUUUAAGGAUACACUUUCAGGCAAAGUGUUCAAAGAUAACAGAUUACAAAGUGGAGCUCUUAGGAUGAUGCCGCUGUCAACUAUUUCUGGCAACAGACACUUUGACCUUGGACACAUCGUCAUGUCUGUCUUGGAGAUCAUAUGAUUAGCUUAUGAUAUACUUAAACUUAAAAACUAUUUAACGUCAACACUGUUUUUGUGUGUUACUUAAAAAAAAACUCAAUUGUGACACACUUAAAUGCAAUGGAGUUAUUGACUUGAAUAUACUGUAUGCUUCCAUAUAGAUUUUAACAACAUCUUCAAUUGAAUUUGUCCUUUUCAUCUUCACAUACGUUUUCCCAAUGCUGACAGACUAUAUUAGCAGGUUUUGAGCCAAAAGGAUCAAGUGAACAUUUGAAAAAGCUUAAUGUAACUAGCACCGUGUCAUUAUGCCAGGCACCUUAUGCUUCUUGGAGCUGCAUUGAGAUGUGUUAAGAGAUGAUACAUGCCUGUCCUAUGAAGAAUCUAAUAAAAAUCCUCUACAGGGAGGGCCAUGAUGGGUGGGUGUUGACCCUGUGACCCCUACGCACCCAUAACACUCUGAGGGCUUUUACUUUUGAUAUGGAGAUGCAAUUUACUUCAAAGUUACACUUCUAGCCAGGCCUCAACAGUCAUUCUAAGUUUGUAUUGUAUAUCUUUUUUCCUCAGAUUGCAUUUUCUGCUAUGGUAUUUCAGAGACAAUUCAAUCAUCAUUUUGUGCUUUAUUUAGUGCAUGAGCUCACUCAUACUCUGUAAGAACAGGGGCUCUUCUAGUAAGUGUAAAUGAGGUAGUAAUAGAAUAAGACAUGGGGCUUUUGUAAUGGGAUGCCUGCAGUCAGGGAGAUAUGUGGGUGUGGGUAGCUACAUGUGUUGGAGGCUGUUCUGGUUAUUAGAAGUAGGCUAUGUUAUACAAUAGGAUCAUAAUUCAAUACAGUUGAAUAAUAUGCUUAUUUAUAAAGGCUUCUGGACUAGAUUGUUGUGAUGGGCCAUUAUUUGCUUUGACUGUCAGCAGGUCUUUUGUAUGAAAAAUGUAAUGUUGCUAUAUCAACCACAGACAAUCAAUAACUUAUCCAUGGAGACAACAAGCACAUGUUAUACCUUCUCCAGAAAAGUUGCAUAAUGUACCUUUAAACACCAACACUUGUCUCAAAAAAUAAGAUGGCUAAAUGUAGCCUGUGAACAAUUAUUCUAAAAUAUUUUUGGGGAUGGGCAAGGUGAUAACACUUUUCAUAAUAAAACUAAAAAUAAAAGUUCAU